GUGAUAUCUUAAAAUAGAGCAGAUAGUCAAAAUGGCGGACGGGUAUACAAUUUCGUAGAGAAUUAGAUUGCAAAGAUAUAAACAUGAUGCCACCAGGAAGAACUUUGUGUGUGGUGAUGUUGAUAUUUACCUGCAAUACUUCCGCCGGGACUGAGAAACCGAACAUCGUUCUUAUUGUUGCUGAUGACUUGGGCUGGAACGAUGUGGGUUUCCAUGGAUCCGAGAUUAAAACACCCAAUAUAGACAAGCUUGCAUAUGAUGGCGUGAUACUUAAUAAUUACUAUGUUUCACCAAUAUGUACACCUACCAGAGGCAGCCUGAUGACGGGACGCCACCCUAUACAUCUUGGCCUCCAACAUUAUGUGAUAUCUGCACCUGAACCAUGGGGACUGCCCUUGAACCAUACAACCAUGGCACAACAUCUCAAAAGUCUUGGAUAUGCCACCCAUAUUGUUGGAAAGUGGCACCUAGGUUUCUUUAAGGAAGAAUAUUUACCCAUAAGACGAGGAUUUGACUCACAUUUCGGAUAUUGGACGGGAAAGGAAGACUAUUAUGAACACAUUGAAAUAACAGGAGUGUACAAAGGGUUAGAUUUCCGUCGCAAUCUCGAGGUUGUCAAUUACACAGCAUAUUCUACGGAACAGUACACAAAAGAGGCCGUGAAAAUCAUCAGUAACCAUAACAGGUCAAAGAACAUGUUUCCUGCUAAUCAGAUACCUGAAGAAAGAAUAACUGAAUAUAAAACUCUUUGUCAUACCUCCAUUAUUUUCCUAGUCUAUUUAGCACCAGAACAAGCAGUUCAUGCAAGUCAUUUUUGCAUUUCAGGAAUGGUUGCAGCAUUGGAUGAUUCCGUAGGGGAAGUUGCAAGAGCCUUGAGGAACAGUGGUCUCAUGGACAAUACUAUAAUUGUUUUCUCCACUGAUAAUGGAGGACCUGCAAAUGGUUAUGACGGAAAUGCAGCUUGCAAUUAUCCACUCAGAGGAACUAAGAAUACAAUGUGGGAAGGUGGAGUACACGGCGUAGGUUUUAUACAUAGCCCACUGUUGGAGAAACGGCACAUCAAAACUAACAACAUGAUGCAUGUAAGCGAUUGGUUACCUACGUUCUAUAGUGCAGCCGGAGGGGACGUUUCAGACCUCGGACUUAUUGAUGGAAUCGAUAUGUGGGAAAUGUUGCGUGAAAACGGGUCGAAUAUCCGUAAUGAGAUUCUACACAACAUCGAUCCAAAAUCAAAAUUUUCUGCGAUACGUGUAGGCGAUUAUAAACUUGUGCAGGGAGAUAUAUCAGGAGGGAGGGACGAUGGCUGGUAUCCAUGUGAUCCACCUUUUUCUAACAACGAUACCAAUGAAUUUGAUUCAUAUGUGUUCAAUAGUUCUUACAGGAGUGAGAUAUCAGUCCAUCUUGUCAAGAGACACUCACCUUAUACACCGUAUAACAUAGACUGUGGUAUACCACCUGAAAAUUACACUCAAAAUUGUAAGCCGACAAAGUCACCAUGUUUAUUUCACAUUCCAACAGACCCCUGUGAAUAUAAUAAUAUAGCAGAUGCAUACCCUGCUGUAGUAGAGAAUAUACUAGGGCGUAUUGAAGAAUUAUCUCGCUCGGCUGUAGAUCCUGUUAACAAGCCCAAUGACAAGAUGGCAAAUCCAGCCCUCCAUGGAGGAGUUUGGGUGCCUUGGCAAGGAUCAGACAUUGAGGUUCAUUGAUGAAAUAUUUUCAUUUUAUAUAGGACUGGAAAUAAUUCUAUUAAAAUACACAGGUAUAUUAUAAUCAUUGCAUAAUAAUACUUUUAACAUUGAUAUUGUUUAAAUUGAAGAUAACAUGUUAUGAUGACACAAUACAGCAAGUCUGUAACGUUUUUCAAGUUUUGUAGUGAUACAGUAUAGUUGCCAUGACAACAAGAUUGGAUUUAAAAUAUUGAUUCCCCAUAACAAUCGUCAGGAGAAGUUUCAAACUCGUACCACAUAAUUGAAAUAUUUUCUGCAUAUUAAUUUUUUUUUAAUUCUACAAAUCCUUCUACCAGUCAUAUGAAUUAGAAAUGAAAUUUUUAAUUUGAAAUAAUAUAUAUAACGAUAUAUAUAAAUAUUAUAUGUUUGUGAUUUUUACUAUUUUUCAUUUUAUUUAACCAUAUAUUUUCGUGAAAAUUUACAAAUAAACAUGAUCACGAUUGUUACCUUACUUGAAAAUUAUUUUUAGUAUUAUUUAAGUAAAUGAAGUGUUUAAUAUUUCUGAAAGAUACAUUUUUUUUCAGAGCUUUUAUUACAUUUUCCAAGCAUUUUUGUUGUCAGCAAUAUUGAAUAUUGUUAUAAUUAUUGAAUCUCUCAUAUUCAAAAUAGAAGUGUAUAAAGUUUUCCAAUUUUACUAUUUUGAUGUAACGUUUUUGCAAAAACAUUUUGCUUUUUCAAUCAUACCACAUUGUAUAAUGAUUGUUUUGCUAUGCAGAUGUACAUUAUUGUUUUGAGAUGAAAAGGUUUUCUCAGAAAAAAUGACAUGGUACAGAUAUGGAAUCCAGACAGUUCUCAUUCCGGACAAUUUCCCACCCAUUAUUUUUGACAACCCGGACAAUUCCCAUCCAAUUGAUUUUAUCAAGGUGGGCUAUACAUAUCCCAUUGUUUUUUUAAGUUAUUAUGGAAAAAAAAUUGACUUGAUAAAUAAACGUUACCUUUAUAAGGUUGUUUAGUUUCUAAGUAACUAGUAUAAUUCAUUAACCUGUGGGCACAGUGUAAUUAAAUAUCUUGAAAAAAAGUGAUCUCUCGGAAGCAAUAAAAACAGCAAAAUUACAUGAGAAUUGCAGACUGUGUUUAAAGCCGUGCUGUGGGUGGCAAUUAAAGAUGCCACAGCACUGUCAAUAAAUGAAAUUUACUCUUGAGUACAAUAAACAAACACGUAAUUACAUCUUGUCUUUGAUUGCAAAACCAAUUAUUAUUUUUUCAAGAAAUUUGUUUAAUAUCUAGAUCUACUAUAUUUAUAGAAAUAAUUUGCUCUGAUUUGUCUUUAAGUGGAAACGAUGUUCAGCCGAGACAUGACCUUAGUCAUACUAGAUCAAUAAGUAUUUGAGUCUUAAAAUGUACAAAAAAACGGGAGUUGAAUUGCAUGUGAUGAAAAAGCAACGGAAGGUGAAUUGUCCGCUCUGUAAAAUAACAAUAACAUGGGAAAUGUCUGGGUUGUCAAAAUCAUGCAAAAUCAUUGGAAUGGGAAAUGUCCACGAGUGGAAUUGGCCAUACAUAUGUUAUAUUAUACACAUACAUAUGUUAUUGAUUAAACAGUGAAAUUGAUAUGAUUUUUGUAUAUAUAUCCUGUUAUUACUAAGUUUUAAGGGUUUUAAAUUUGAUUUACAAAAACUGAGCUAUACCAUCAGUAUAGAGCCUGGUCCGACUGCAUGUUUGUACCAGCUGACCAAGCUCUCCACUCGUGGCAAUGGCUUAUCACUUUCGGUGCCAGCGGUAUAUGGGUUAAUAUCCUAAAUUCCUUGUAUAAGUAAACAGGAUAUGUACAUGCCCCAAUGCUUUAAUAAGCAAAUUGACAUGAUUUUAGGCACAUGUUCUUUUAAUUUAACAAACAAGACUAGUUGACAUAAUUUUGUAAGCAAUACCUGUUGUUUACAAAAAUAAUCUGACAUGAUUUUGUAUGCAAAUUCUAUUAUUAUUUCAACUCCAUUGACAUUAUUUUAGAUACAUAUCAAACAAAUUGUGAUAAAUUUAGAAACAUAUCCUGUAAACUGACCAAAGUUAUUGGCAUUAUUUUGAUGCAUAUCCUUAAAAGUAAAUUAUAAAGGGCACAGAGAUAUCCUUACAAAAACUAAUAAAAAACGCAAAUUAAUCCCUUAAUGAAUACAUAUGAGAUUAUGAUGAAAAUCAUUCUUUUACUGAUGUUUUUCAUAAUUUAACUUACUAUGUAAUAAAAUUUCAGAUAAAAGUUUAUUGGUCAACAAUUAGUACAUUGAUAAAGUUCUAAACGAGUUGAAAGGAUCAUUUAUAUGAUUGAUAAUAUUUUUUUUUUGUUUUAGAAAAAAUUCUGAUUAAUAUCUAAUUAUGUAUCUCACACGUACCAACAUAAUCCAUAUGUAAUUCUUUCCUUAUAUGUUGUCACGUAUAAUACUAAAUAUUAUCAACAUAAUAAUUAACUAUUCAGUUCUAUGUUUUCUUAAAAACCAUGUUAAAAUUUCUGCUACAGCUGUCAAAAGAAGUGUUUGUUAAGUAUUAUAUAAUAGCUUAAAGUUGCAUAAUCUUAUAGUUACAUUUUUGUCUCACUAGAAGAUAUAAUAUGGUUUAUAUUUAUAAUAAAGGUAUACAA